AAGAAGACACAGCGUGUCGGAGUCAUUUCAGUUAAGUUUGAACUGCCAAUUGCGGAAAUGAGGAUCCCACCUGGCCUGUUCUUUAUCCCCAUCCACGCCUACGCACUAGCAAACAACAACAUGUCACUGGUGACAGCGAAACGGAGCAGUAGACCCCAUCUUGCACUGGAGUGGUAAGCUGCUUACGUCAUAAAAGAAUCGGAUGCACACACAUCGAAAGUGAUUUGGUGGCCAGGGCCAACACCAAGCGAACCAUCAAUAAUCGUGAAGCAAGACGGGAAAAACGCCUACCGCACACGAUACAUAUUCAAAUGGUUGCAAGCGUUUCAAAGGCACCAUCGGAGUGACGACGCGAAGAUAGUUUUAAAGCUCUCUUCGAACUGAACCGAACGAAAAACUAGGCCACACUUAAGUUGCCUUUCACCUCCUGCAAACUACUUGUCGCGGAUCUAUCCGUUUCGGAUGUGAAUCGGGCCGAGCGUGUAACAAUAACAGUCCAACAAACGCUAACGAGCGAUAAAGAAAAAGGGAAAAACCUACACACGCAGCAAAGCUUGGCAACAACAACGAAGCAGGAAUCAAUUUAACGUGGUGCCCUCUGGUUCUGGCCGAAAAACCACGGAAGUAAUACGUGCGUGAACAGCACAGUUCGCAUUAAAGAAAAGGCUCCGGGGGGCGUAAGGAAAACCGAUCGCACCUUCGAACACGUAUCCUAAAUGGGCGAACCGGAGUACGAGAGUGUGGUGCUGGUAAAGCAGGAAGUAUUUGUGUACAAAAUACCGCCCCGACAGAGUAACCGCAGCUACCGUGCGGCCGACUGGAACCUGCUUGACCCGAUCUGGACCGGGCGGCUGCGGAUGGUGUCCAAGGGACGGUCGCUGUGCGUGAAGCUGGAGGACAAAAGCAAUGGCACACUAUUCGCCAACUGCCCUAUCGAAAGCUACCCGGGUGUUGCAAUCGAAGCAGUCUCGGAUAGCUCGCGAUACUUUGUGUUGCGCAUUCAGGACGGCAAUGGACGUACGGCCUUUAUCGGGCUCGGGUUCGGCGAUCGGUCCGAUUCGUUCGAUCUGAACGUGGCACUCCAGGAUCACUUUAAGUGGGUAAAGAACGAGGAAAAGAUCGAAAAGGAAAAGGUAGAACCGAAGCAGCAGCUCGAUCUGGGCUUCAAGGAGGGUGAAACUAUAAAGAUCAACAUGAAGAUUACGAAAAAGGACGGUUCGGAAGCAUCGUCCCGACUAACCGGCAAGAAAACGGGUGUGGGUGGUUUGCUGCCACCACCACCAGGUGGCAACAAGAUCAGUCCACCCCAGGCCGGUUCACCCUCCCAUCAACAGCUACCGGCACCGGCGGCAGCAGCAACAGGCGGACAGACUGAAUGGGGCGAAUUUACUUCCGCUGGGGUGCAAAGCACAACGGCCGAUGCAGCCGCAGCAACACCCAGCAAAACCAACUCGAACUGGGUACAGUUUUAAUUGUGACGGAGAAGAGCCGCUGUUCGCUUACUUCUGGUAAGGAAACGUCAUACACGAUCAUCCCCAUAUAUCAUCAUUUAGGCGUAGGUUGGUGCCACGCUGAGAAUAAUCUGCGGCUAAAAACAAGCCACCCUGAUCCCAUAUACUUAGCGCGCGCGAGCGCGGCGCUCUGCAAGGUGUACUUUAGUUUGAAGCAAAUAUGAUAUCGAACGUGCGUGAUCUUUACCUUCUAAACCGACACCCAACCACACACAGAUGAACACAUAUACACUUGAGCAAAACAAAAACGGGGGUUGGUAAAAGGUAAAAAAAGGCACUAUAUUAAGCGGAAAAGUAAACGGCAAGGUGGUAAAAUAGAAUUGUAGGUAUAGUAGAAUUGUGAGGUAAAUAGAACGGUAGCCCUUCAUACGAGCUCAUCCGGAUUUCGGGUUUGCGCAUAGACACAUAAUAUUUGAGUAUAUCCUCACGCGCUAAGGAUACACCUUCCGUGAUAUAUAUAUUCACAUACACACGCAAAAACACAUGUUAUUGAAAACGCUUAUAUACGUAUGUAUGUAUUAGAUAUGGGUUCGGCAAAUGGAUAUCUAGCUGCAUAUGUAUAUAAUACCUGUAUCUGUAAUAACAAAGCUAUAUAUGUAUGUACUCGUAUAUAUAUAUAGGGAAAUUAUAGAAUUCUUUCCGUUGCGCAGAAUAGUGUUUAGAACGCGAGGUAAAAUUGGAACCACGCUGCAAAGGAUCGAGCAGCAAAGCAGUCAGGAAAGGAUACGGAAGCAUAGCUAUAAAGAUAUACAUUCGGAUCGAUAAUUCGGGGUUGUUAGGGAUGGACCGGAUCCGGUGCCAUUCUUUCAAACGACAGGGCAGGAAAAAUCCCAUCCGGACCGUUCCCCCCCACCCGAUAACUAACUAUCCAGCUACGUGGUAAAGAUAAUUCUAGUAAGCCAGAAAUGGCAAUCAUGAUCUAGUAGAUCGUUACACAAAAAGAACGCAACAGAAAGCGAGGGAGAGAGAGGGAGAGAAAACGAAAAAGGGAUAAGGAAAGAAAAAAAUGCAAACUUAUUGUUAUAUACACUUAUAUACACACUACUUCCUCAUCUCCCCCUCCCUCUUUCCCUCCAACUACUCCCUUCAACCCCAUCAAUCCUCCACCCCCCCCCCCCCCCCCCCAAAUUAGAAAAAAAAGCUGAACGUAAUGUUAUCUCAAUAUUUGUAGUGAGCAACACCAGCAACACAAAAAAGGAAAGUGUAGAGUUGUAGCUGAAACUAUCCAAAGCAGGUUAUGUCAGGCGAGGAAGGCUCAGUACAUGAAAUCGUGGUUUUUGUUGAAUUUCUGAUAUUUCAAGCACCACGGAUAUAUGGGUGCAUAGUUUUUAGUUUUUUUGUUUUCUUAUUGCCAGUUGUUGCGUUUAACGAAUGUAAAGGCGUUUUUUUUUUGUUUAACAGUGGCAUAAAAGUUUUCUGUGCUUAUCCGUGUUGAGGGCGAGAUGCGUCAGAAGCUGCGCAAACGUAAAUAUAUCCUUAUACGCAUGGUUUUAUAAGUAAAUAAGCGGAAAGCAAGAGUACAUCCAUACUUAUAUGUAAGCUAAAGACGGCUUCUUUACAGCGAAUCUUUAUUUGCGAAAGUUGAAUACUUAGCCAGUAAAUUGCGGAAAAAGGUGAAAAUCAAACGCCCGACGACUAUCUGUCUGUACGUAAAUGUCAAACAUAGCUGUGAAAUCUCAGCGAAAUAUCAAACAUUCAAUAUACUAGCAUAUGUUUGUACGGCAAGCGAUACUGCAUAGCUCCUUACUAUUUACGUAUAUCAUUUCGUUUAUUCGUUUAGAUUUAGGAGUCGAAAAGUGUUACUCAAGCAGAUAAACUUUCGCCUGUUUAUGGUAAAGAAAUCGUUUAAGGGCAGUAAAGUGGGUCUAUAUCAAGACAAAUGGUUUUGUUUGCGAAAGUUUGUUUUAAAUUCAGUAUAAUAGAAAGGUUUCCAACAGCUGACAGACACAUAAAAAGGGAAUAGGAAGGUUAUAAAACAUGUAAACAGAAACGGGAUUUAAAGAUCUGCCAGCAUUCGUGGGGGGUUAUUUUGUUUGUUGUUCAUGUACAUUCUUUCCUUGCUGGUUUAGAGCCCCGUUAUUAGGUUCCUACUAUUAAAAUCCAUUAAUAAGCUACUAAAAAGCCCCGACGUAUCACGGGUGGGUGUGUGUGACUUUGGCAUUCCUUAGCAUUUUUGUUCGUUUGUUUUCGAUGCAUUUUCGAUAUAUUUUUUUUUAUAUUUUCCUUCGUGCCCCGGUUAAGCCGAAUAGCAAUAGUUUGUUAUUUUGCAAAUGUGUAAGCUACGAUUAUUUAAAUUGUAUAACGCGCGAAAGUAAACUAGUUUUACGUGUGUACAUGUUAAUAUUGGCGUAAAAGCUGUAUCUAUUGCACACCUCCCCCCUCCCACACAGGUGCAAAGUCAUUUGUUGAUUGGAAUGCGCAAAUGGUUGAAGGGAAGUAAGCGUGGAAUAAAAUAGAUAAACUAAGCGGGAAGCGUUAUAAAACAAAAAAAAACACAUAAUAUGAAGAAAGUGAAACGCAAAAGAUGAAUAUGUGAAAUGAAACGAAUAAAAAAAAAAACAAAACGCAAUGUAUAGUUGGAUCAAGAACAAGAAAAUGCGUUACAAAAAAAAACGAGUAGUGAAAGUUGUUAUUAAUUAUGUUCUUUCGAUAUGGUUUUUUUUUGUCGGAUGCUUACUUAUGUUUGUAACAGUUUGGAUACGAUAAGAUUGGUUGCAAAAUACAGUAAUGUCCCACAUGAAAUUAAAA